AUGCGAUCGGCCUCGAGGCCUGUAAUUGCCAGCUUGCGAUCAAGCACUAUCCGCGCCGCCCCUCGACGAUUCGCUUCCACAGCUCCUGCCGACAAGCCCCGAUCUUUCAAGGGUUCUUUGGUGCGAUUGGCACUGGCAUUCGGUGCCGUAUACUACUACAACACAAGCCCAAUCUUUGCUGAUGAGGCUAUUUCAAAAACGGUUCCUGCUCCCGCUGCCUUUUCCGAUGAUGACCUCCCUACUGUCGACUCUAUUGUAGAGGAGAAGCGCAAGCAGAUCAAAGCUAAAAGUGAGGAGGCUGCUGCUGCUUCUCCAAAGACACCCGAGUCUCAACAAUCUAACCCCCAAGCUGCCGCCGCUGAUGGAUCGCCCGCUGCUUUAGAAGAGGAGGCUGGCCAGCAGGGUGCUUUCAACCCUGAGACUGGAGAGAUCAACUGGGACUGCCCUUGCUUGGGUGGUAUGGCCGAUGGACCUUGUGGAGAGGAGUUCAAGACUGCUUUCAGUUGCUUCGUUUUCUCUGAACAGGAACCCAAGGGCAUGGACUGCAUUGAUAAGUUCCAGGGAAUGCAAGAAUGUUUCAAGAAGUACCCCGAUAUUUACGGUGCCGAACUCGCAGAUGACGAGGAUGGCGCUCCUACUCCCGACUUUGGCGACGAGCAACCCUCCGGUGCCCCAACGACUGCCGAGUUCAAGUCCGACGGCGAACCUGCUCGUGAAUUUGGCGAGAAGGCCGCCGCCGACACUACAAAGUCCGAUGAUUCGCAAGAGCCUGCCGAGUCUAAGCCUGCCGAGUCUAAGCCUGCCGAGUCUAAGCCUGCCGAGUCUAAGCCUGCCGAGUCUAAGACACCUACCAAGACUACCUCUAUUUCAACCAAGUCAGACACUGAGGCCGCUUCUUCCGGAUCAAGAAUGGUCCAGGAUGUCGCUACUCCUAUAGAAGAGCCCGUGAACGACAAGUACUGGCAGGAUAAGCACAAGACCGAGGUUCCCAAGAAGGAGGUCAUUGCGCCAAUCACACAGGCUCACGAUGCUACUGCUGCCAAUGACGAAAUCAAGAUUAUUGAGAGGCAGGAGGCUGCUAAGAAGAAGGCUGAGAAGAAGCAAUAA